AUGCAUCGGUCUACAUUUUACCACAAUAACACUGGGUUUGCCGUCCAGCUGAGCUGUCCAAUGCAAUCUAGGAAACGAAGCAGAGGUGAUUCGGACUCAUCUGACACGUCGCCCGGAGUUGUCUUGCAAAAGACUCAUAUGCCGGCAUCAUACAACGAAUCGAGUGAUAUCACAGUUUUUGAUCCUAACCCUGCCAAGCGGUUCCAGGCCACGCAGCUAACAGACUCCAAACUCCACUACAAGACGGUCGAAAUGAUGAUGGAAGCAUCACGAGCCUUGAGCCUGCAACCGCAAAUCCAACCAUUCGAGCAGAAUGUGGCGAUAGAACAGAAGUUCUAUCAGAAAUCGUACUGGUAG